AUGGAGUUUGUAACACAUUGUGAAAAUUCUGAAAGUUCUACUACUUCAUCUAUCAUCCCUGAAAUGGAGACUUCUUCUCAAAUUGUUGAACUUGCUCUUUCUGUAGAACGAGCUGAUACUGCGGCAUUGCUUGGAGCUGAUGAAAGUAGUAUUGAUACAUUAGAAAAAAAAAGAUUAGAAGAGAUAAGACAACAACAGAUUAGUCAAGCUAAACUUAUGGCUGAAAGAAGACAAAAGAAAGCUGCUAUGGGUAUGGAACAACGUCAAAAUUGGGAACAAGAAAUUGAGAGAUAUCGUAUAGAAAAUGAAGAGGUUGAAGAAAGACAAAGAAGACUUGAUAUAGAAGAAACAAUGGAAGAAUUUUAUCCUAAAUUAUGUGAAUGGGUUGGAUUUAGUAAUUAUGAAGUGUUAUACAAUAGUUUAGAAGAUGGAACAAAUGCAUCAGAUUUUAAUAAAAAAGUAUGUGGAGAAAAGAAUGUUAUGUUUAUUAUAAUCACAAAAACAGGAUAUGCAUUUGGAUGUUUUUGUCAUAAAAAAAUUCCUUAUCCAAAAAAAUCUUAUAUUUAUUCAAUGUACGAUAAAAAAUAUUUCACUUUUUCUUUAAGAAAUCCUUCUUGUUCAGAACCAAUAUACUUUAAACAAAAACAUCAUGGAAAAUCUAUUUGUAUUUGGCCAAAUGAUGAACAAAAUUUUAUUUUUACAACAAAACGAUUUAUUAAAAUUAAAAAUCCUAAUGGUCCUCAUGGUACACGAUCAUUCUUUCAUGGUAAAUUCUCAUUAAAAUAUAAAAGUAAAGACCAUCAAAAAAGAGAACAUACUUUCUUUACACAAACAACUGCAUUUGAUGUACAUCGUUUAGUUGUUUUACAUUGGUUUUAA